UUUCUCCCUCGCGCAGCACGCUCGGAUUCUUCCAUGUCCACGGCUGCUCGUCGUCUUCUCUACAACUCCCGAUUCCCCGCUGCGAGGACCAGCAGAAUCUCUCGGAUUCUCUCUCUAGCUCUCUCUCUUUCUCUCUCUAUAACUGAACCUGCACUGCGGACUGAGCAGGCGGAGUGAGAGAGAGAGGGAGGGAGGCGAGCUGAGCUGAGCGGAGCGACCCAUCGGCGGUUUCCGAUGGAGGCGAGGCACCGGCGGGCGCGGCCGCGGCCGCAGCUCGACCGCCGGAACGCCAUCAAGAACAUCGACUACGACGCGUCGUCCGCCUCGACCUCCUCAUCCUCGGCCUCCUCUCUGGCCCUCGACGGCCUCUCGGUCUUCACGAGCUUCCGCGUCAAGGGCGAGGAUGGCGAGUUCGACGUCAUCUGCCGCAGCCUGGGGCUCACGCCCGAGGACUUCGCCAUCCCCAUGGACGCCUGGCGGUCCAGCAAGGCUCGCGAUCUCACCCCUCGCUUGCGCCUCCAGAGCGCCGCCUUUUUAGCUUCCGACGGCGACGCCGACGACGAAUUGCCGCGCGAUGGCGAUGGCGGCGGGUUGGCUGCUGGAGUGGAUAGUAUCGAGCUCGAGAGUGGGAUAUCUAUAUUGAAUGGGAGUAGAAGUUACGGUUCAAGCGGUUUGGAAGAUAGAGUUAGGGUUUUGAGUCGUAGGACUCGUUUUAGGAAUAAAUCAGCGGGCUCUGCUUUGAACGUUUCUCGCCCUUUGGCCGAUGUUAUCUGUGCUAAUCGCGGAGAUUGUGAGAAUUGCGAAACGGAUAAUGCCGGGGGAGGAAUUAGGGAUUGUCCUGGAGGAGAUGAGGAUUCUCCCGUUUGCCCUUCGAAUAAAGAGGAUUGGUCGGAUGGAGAUGAUGAGAAGGUUAGUAAAGAAAGGAUUUUGCCAAGAAAAGAUGAUUCGGACUCUCAUUUGUCAACUUCUGUUGAAGAUAAGGAGUCUACAGAUAAGGAUGAGGUGGGGAACGCCCCUUCUGCCAACAUUUCAGAACUAGUGCCCAAUGUUAUUUCAGAACCAGUGCGCAAUGUUUCGCCUGAGGGAGUUAGACAAAGGAUCACCUCAUGGCAAAAGGGCGAGCGGUUGGGAAGUGGGUCAUUUGGUACUGUAUAUGAAGGCAUCAGCGAGGAUGGAUUCUUUUUUGCUAUAAAGGAGGUUUCUUUGUUAGAUCAAGGAAGCCAAGGCAAGCAGAGCAUUUUGCAGCUUGAGCAGGAAAUUUCUCUUUUAAGUCAGUUUGAACACGAGAACAUAGUGCGAUAUCUCGGCACAGACAAGGAUGAUAAGAAGCUUUACAUAUUCCUUGAGCUCAUGACCAAAGGUUCACUUGCAGCCCUUUAUGACAAAUAUAACUUGAGAGAUUCCCAAGUCUCUGCAUACACUAGGCAAAUUCUAAAUGGUUUAAAGUAUCUUCAUGACCAGAACGUGGUCCACAGGGAUAUCAAAUGUGCUAACAUACUGGUUGAUGUGAGUGGAUCUGUGAAACUUGCAGACUUUGGAUUGGCAAAGGCCACCAAUAUAAAUGUUGCUAAAUCCUCGAAAGGAACUGCUUUUUGGAUGGCACCUGAGGUCGUCAAUCUAAAGAACAGAAGCUAUGGGUUGGCAGCUGAUAUUUGGAGCCUAGGGUGCACUGUUUUAGAGAUGUUAACCCGCCGGCCUCCAUAUUCUCACUUAGAAGGAAUGCAAGCGUUGUUCCGAAUAGGCAGGGGUGAACCACCUCCAGUUCCUGAUUCUUUAUCAAGAGACGCUCGAGACUUAAUCCUUAGUUGCUUGCAAGUAAACCCGAAUGAUCGGCCUUCUGCAGCAAAGUUGCUAGACCAUCCUUUUGUGAGGAAGCCACCUACUUCUUCUGGUUUUGCUUCACCUCGUUUCAACAACAUAUCGUCGUAAGGUUUUGCUAAGCAAUCCCUUUUAGUCCAUUGCUUUGAAGGUAACUUCUCUUUGGCAGUGAGGGGCAAAUUGGAGCUUCUCAAGGAUCAACAGUCCUUGUGAAGGGUCUUGGGCUGCAACUGAUUUUCUGGUGUCUUUGUUCUGCUCAAGUUAAGCAUGUGUUGUUCAUCUGGGAAUUGUAAAUAGCAUGCCCUGUUGUAUAUUUUCCCGUUAAAAAGGAAGAAAAGGAAGUUAACGACGACACAGGUUUUCUGCCUCUAGGAAGCGUAGAUAGGCGCGCCCAACUUCUACGGGAUAAGCAAUUGGUGAAGAUUGGAUGUCCCUCGGGAUCCGUGACGGAAUGCCACAUUUGCUUUGUUGUUGCUCGUUUGAUGUCGGGCCAUCAUCUGUAAAUUAAAGUGUUUUUAUUAAUGGCGUGUCGCUUCAAGAUGAACGCUUGUAUCAAAUGAUGAAAAUUCAAGAUGAAAGCUCGUAUCGAAUGAUGAAAAUUUUGUACCGACAACAA